AUGGAAGCGAUGUCCCCGCAACAGGAUCACGUCGGGCAGGGGCGCUCGUCCUCUGUGAGCGGGGAGUCCAGAGCCUCCGCAGCCUCCGAGAGCAAGAAGAAGAUGAAGAGUCUGGCUCAAAGACGUCAGUCUGCACCAUCUCUGGUCCUCAGCAAAGCACUUAAUAAGUCCAGAACUAUCACCAGGGAAAGCUGCUUCUCCCCAAUCAGUCCGGAAGCAUGUCCCCUCGUGCAGUCCUUUAUCUGCCCCAACAGAGCCUUUGUACUUGAUGGUCAUGUGCAGUUGAAGACGGGCCUUCAGACCCAGGAACGGCACCUUUUCCUCUUCACAGACAUCCUUGUUGUUGCCAAGUCCAAGUCACCAUCUCAUUUCAAACUAAAGAGCCAAGUGCGUCUCUGUGAGAUGUGGACGGCAUCCUGCAUGGAAGAGGUCUAUGAGGGCAGCACUAACCCGGAAAGGUCCUUUGUUAUAGGCUGGCCCACCACCAACUGUGUGGCUAAUUUUAGUUCCCCAGAGCAGAAGGAAAAGUGGCUCUCUUCCUUGCAAAGUCGAAUCAAAGAAGAGAAAGAAAAAGACUAUCCCAAGAACAUUCCACUGAAGAUCAUUGCGAAGGAUGUCGGAAAUUGUGCAUAUUCGAAAACGCUCACUGUAACCAAUGCUGAUACAGCGAAUGAUGUGAUUCUUACAGCCCUGCAGCAGCUGGGGAUUAACGGCUCUGAAAAAGACUAUCAGCUGUGGGUGAAUUCGGGAAAAGAAGAUGCUCCUUACCCACUUAUUGGACACGAAUAUCCCUUUGGAAUUAAAAUGAGCCACAUUCGAGAUGCUGUGCCCCAGACACAGGAAUCGAAAGACUGUGCCUACCCUCUUGACCUUCAUGGGUCCUUCUUAAUGGAACAGCUGCCCCGAGAGCUGCAGUGCCAGUUUAUACUGAAGCCAAGUCGUCUGGCCUUGUGCGAGCAACUGAAUGAACUAAGCCAAAAGCCAUUUAAAAGGAAAAAAUCGAUCAUAAACUGGGCCUUUUGGCGUGGUCCAGGCACUCAGCUGGACAAUAUACCACUGUCUCCAACAUCUCCUGUUCCAGGGAAACUCUUUGGUCUGUCGCUGCCAGCCAUCUGUGAGAAUGACAAUCUGCCCAAACCUGUCUUGGACAUGCUUUCCUUCCUUUACAAAGAGGGGCCUUUUACCAGGGGUAUUUUCAGACGCUCAGCAAAUGCGAAAUCCUGCCGAGAGCUCAAGGAGAAGCUUAAUUUGGGAGCUGAAGUGCACCUAGCUUGUGAAUCCAUAUUUGUGACCGCCUCAGUGUUUAAGGAUUUUCUUCGGAACAUCCCAGGCAGCAUUUUUUCAUCCCAGCUCUGUGAUAAGUGGGUCUCUGUAAUGGAUCAAGGGAACCAUGAAGAGAAGAUAAAAGACAUCCAAAGGCUAAUAGAAGAACUCCCCAGAGCCAAUGUGGUUCUUUUACGUUACCUCUUUGGAGUACUACACAGUAUAGAAAAGCAAUCUGAAGAUAACCAGAUGACUGCAUUUAAUCUAGCUGUGUGCAUCGCACCCAGUAUGCUGUGGCCUCCUGCUCCCUCUAGCCCUGAAACAGAAAGCGAAUUCACCAAAAAGGUUUCUGUUCUGGUACAGUUUCUAAUUGAAAAUUGCUGCAGGAUUUUUGGAGAGGAAAUUUCCACCCUCUUUGGGGACAUACUGAUACGAUGUGACAACAGAGAGGAUGGCUCAGAUCUCUCUUCCUUUCAUCUGAAUGAUUCUUCCUAUGACAGUUUGGAAAACGAGCUGAAUGAUGAUGUUGACUCUUCAUUUAGUGACUUGCUCAAAAAACGAGGUCAAGAUAACAGGAGCCGGGACUCAGUUUUGACUCUGAGUGAUUGUGACUUGGACCAGCCUGAGGUGGAAGAAAUUAAAAUUCAGCUGCCACCCAAAUCAAAACCAAUGCGAAUUUCUACUGGAUCGCACCAUGAAUCUGCAUUACAGGAUCAAUCUGAGAAUGAGUCUCUUUGCUCCAGUACCUCUGGCUGCUCAUCAGUAACGGUCCCGGAUGCUCUCAAAAGCUUGAGAAGACAGAGACGCUGCUCAGAGCCCACGAUUGGCCUUCUUGCCUCUAAAUUCAGCCACAUCAGUGGGGUUCAUGAGAACGCAGUACGUAAAGCCAGCUGUGACGCAGUGCUGUCGCACGUAGAUGAAGACUGUCUCAAGCAGCUUCGUUCAUUACAGGUGGAAGGGCAAAAGCUUAUUAAUCAGAGUUUGGUUAUGGGGAUAGAUGUGGGUCAGAGCGGCACCGUGGGCCAAAAUGGUGAAAAGAAAGACUUGUCCAAUUGCCUCCUGCCCCCACCCCUGCUGAGAUUAAACAUUUGCUCAAGAACUAGCUGUUCUAGUUUAUCUUCUCCCGGAACGUCCCCAUCUGGGUCCUCAAUGAGUUCCUUGGACAGUGCUUUCUCUCAGUUUUCGGACUAUUCAGUAUUUACUCCAACCGAGACCUCCUCUCCUUUGGAUUGUGCUUUUCAGCCUCAAAAGAAACAUGGAGAGCUUUCUCCUGAAUUUAACCCUUUCUCUGGAGUACACCUAGGUGCUGGCCUCAGUUCUUUUCCUAACCAAGCUAGCAGCAGCAGCUCCGUUGGUGUUAGAAAAGAGAGUCAAAAAAGCCCUGUAACUCUUCAUCCCAGCACAUGGCUAAAGAACGGAGCCUCCACAAUGAAAAAUUGGACUCUCCGAAAAAAGGAAAGAGUGUCCAAGCAAGAGGAGAAAAAGAAGAGUGUUGUUAAAAUAACUUUGGAACCACAAACGGAUUCUUCGGAUGCGUCAGAAGAUAACUUAUGUCAAGAACAACGGCAAGUUUUAAAAACACUUAUGUCAACAGGGGGAAUUAAUGCUGCGGAAACAGUGCAGGAGGGCAACUUUUCUUCUUCCCGGGGGGGUGGGCAGCUAUGCAGCUCUCCACUUUGUGCAGGGGAAGCCAAAGACAAGAGACUAAAGGCGUUGGGGCUGUUGGCUGAGCAAAGCAAGGAGGAGGAAGAGGAGGAGGCAAACUCUCUAUUUGUUCAGUCACAUAAAAGACAGCUGUCCAACACUUUCACUCAGUGCACAAAUCCAAGGGCUGAGCAUGCCCGUGAGCCAGAGGAUGUUGUCAGUGCUGGACAUGAACUUUUCAUCAAGGACAGCUUAAGUAAGACUGUGAUUUCCACAGACUUAGGAGGCCAGCAAGUGAAAAACUCCAAGAACAACAUAUCUUUGCCAAGCACUGAAUCAAAAAAUAUUGAUGAUGAGUCCAAAAGGGGCUUCUCUCGGUCUCCAAAAACCACAAAGGCAGUUGAUGACUGUUUGUUUAAACCUGAUGUUAAUAAAUGUCUUCAGAAAUCAGAGGAAGGGACCAAGGCCAUGGUCCAAAAUAAAAAGGAAUGGCCAAACAAGCAUUGCAGUGAUUCCAAGUUUGAAGAGCUUGACCAAAGGUUUUUUGCCGAGGAGUCUUAUGUUUAA